ACACAUAUUCCCUCCUUGUUGUCUGUUAAUCAGUGAACGAAAAGCCACCAAAACAUUCCACCUUCUCCUCCGCAGGGAAAUUGAUACGAGCAAUAUUAUGUGGGCGAUCAUAAGGCGAAAAGUUGCCAGCGGAGGCGCCUCUGCUUCGGUUUUCGAACGGUCGUUGCUGGUGGCUCGGCCUGCAACCGCGCAAGCGACGCGUGGCUACACUGCCACAGUCAAAGAGCCAUUGCUUCUUGGAAGAGGCUCAAGAAUUGUAGGCAAUGCUGUUCGCCGUAGUUGUCUAGCUUGUCCGGUUAGUUCAAAGACAGCAAGGGAAGUUGUGUCAUUUCUUCAAACAGAUUCUCCUAUCUAUAUGCAGUAUAGGUCAUUUUCUUCCAAUAAUGGUGAUCUGGUUGAUGCCGUAGUGCCCUUCAUGGGUGAAUCCAUCACUGAUGGGACUCUAGCAAAAUUUUUAAAGCAACCUGGUGAUCAUGUAGAGGUUGAUGAGCCUAUUGCCCAGAUAGAAACUGAUAAGGUUACAAUUGAUGUGGCUAGUCCUGAGGCUGGUGUUCUCCAAAAGUUUAUUGCCAAAGAAGGUGAAACAGUGGAACCAGGUACCAAGAUAGCUGUUAUCUCAAAGUCUGGUGGAGAUGUAUCACAUGUUGCUCCAUCAGAGAAAUUGCCUAGCAAGGCUGCUUCUAAGCCAUCUGCAGAAAAGAAAAAGGCAGACAAGGAUAAACCUAAGGAAGAAACCUCUCCUCCUAAGCCUAAAGCUGAAACUUCUCCUCCUAAGCCUAAAGCUCCUUCUCCACCACGCCCUAAACCUUCAGUAACUGAACCUCAACUUCCUCCCAAAGAAAGGGAAAGAAGAGUUCCAAUGACAAGACUGAGGAAACGUGUUGCAACUCGUUUGAAAGACUCUCAGAACACUUUCGCUAUGCUGACUACUUUCAAUGAAGUAGAUAUGACUAAUCUGAUGAAGCUCCGCUCUGAUUAUAAAGAUGCUUUUGUUGAGAAGCAUGGGGUGAAGUUAGGACUUAUGUCAGGAUUUAUUAAAGCUGCUGUAAGUGGGCUCCAGAAUCAGCCAAUUAUCAAUGCUGUCAUUGACGGGGAUGACAUCAUUUAUAGAGAUUAUAUUGAUAUCAGUAUUGCUGUUGGCACACCAAAGGGCCUUGUUGUUCCGGUUAUCCGCAAUGCUGAGAAAAUGAACUUUGCUGAUAUCGAGAAGGAGAUCAACACCCUUGCAAAGAAGGCAAAUGAUGGCUCUAUAUCAAUUGAUGAGAUGGCUGGAGGCUCAUUCACAAUAUCUAACGGGGGCGUCUAUGGAAGCCUUCUAAGUACCCCAAUCAUUAAUCCCCCUCAGUCGGCCAUCCUGGGCAUGCACUCAAUUGUGAACCGUCCGAUGGUGGUUGGUGGGGAAGUUGUUUCCAGGCCGAUGAUGUACAUUGCCCUAACAUAUGACCAUCGACUAAUUGAUGGAAGAGAGGCAGUCUUCUUCUUGCGUCGUAUUAAAGAUGUGGUGGAGGACCCUCGGAGGUUGCUUCUUGAUAUAUGAGGACACCAUUGGUUACCUUUCUAAUGUCCUUUUUCCUGUCAUGCUGUGGUCAGUUUUGGCGAAGCAUUAGGAUAAGCCUCUAACAUCUUGCAAGAGCGGCCUGUUUGCAUAUGCAAGACUUUGUUAUAUUAUAUUCCUUGGUUGAGUUUAACUUUCUUGUUUGGGGCCUCA